AUGGAAAACAAGGCAGCUAUCGAGAAAGACGAUCUCAAGCGCGACAUGAAAGAGCUCACAGCAGCAAACGAAGUCUUGUUGAAGAAUUUCGAUGACCUCCGAACCGAACGCGACGGUAUCUACGCAGAGUGGAAAAAAACAGGAGAAGCACUCCGCAACGUGCAAGCAAGUGCAUUCCGCUUCCAAGACCAACCGGAAUGGGCACCAGAUUCGGACGAAAGUAUCCGACACGAGCUCAAGAGCCUCGAAUCAAGCGCCCGUGCAUGGUGUAACGAGAACUGCAUCAAAGCGCUUUCCAUGCUGCGCAUGACACCCGACGCGCUGCUCAAUGAGUGGGGGCUAGUAAUGCGAUACGAUGAAAAGGUCUUCGCGAAGAACGAUCAACACCUGCCACAGCUCAUCCUAUUGGCUUUGCUCAUGGACUACAUAUAUGGGAACAUCUUUGCCAAGCCAUUCUGGUUUCUGCCGUGGAGGAUCAUGGGUGCGGAUGCCGAAGAGGGCGCCAAUAAGGUUCUUUGUCGAGGUCUACACGAGGGGCUUGCAGGGGUCCUGGAGGAGACCACCCAAGGCAAUAUGGAAGGCAGUCAUUCUUGGAGGUCUCAGUGGCUGAGAUUACUUGAUCCUAACCCCCGAGAUCAGCAAGAACGUCAUCUCCUCGAAGCGACCAAAACGCGCACGGAACUCGCUCGCAAGAAGGCAGCCGAAUGUCUUAUGGCCAAUUUCUUGGCAACUUCCGCUGCUUUUUUGAUUAAUGCGAAGCCUUUGGAUGUGCCCCGGCUGGCACCAUUACAGCUUAUUUUCAAUACAGCCGCACAGAUAUCCCAUAAGCUCUGGCUGCGCAAGAGCUACCUGGAGAUUCAGACAAUAAGGGGUCUUCCAAAGACGUAUUUGCAUACGAAUGAGAGACUGAAUUAUCAUUCCCUUCACAACGAGUUUCUGAGCGCCGAGGAGACGGGUCUAGAUGGCUACCCCAUUAUCGUUGUUACUCACCCUGCAGUGCUGGUUCAUGGGAACAGUGAUGGGUCUAACUACGGGGCGCCUCCUCGUAUCUGGAAAGAGGCUAGAGUGUGGAUGGGGUAG